UUUAAGUAUGUCUUGACUUAAAAAAAAAUUGAUUGGAUUUAUUCAUAAAAAAGAAAAGUGAGACGUUAGAAGUUUGAAUAGGAGAGAGUUAAUGCGUGAAGUGAAAGAAAUGAGGUGGAUGGUUGCAUGAAGGAGUGGGUUUGGGUUAAGGAAUUUUGAGUAGUUGGAAAAUUAUGGAGCUCUUUUUUGGUGUUUAGGCCACUCUUUCUUUAUGUAGAAGACCGUUAGAAUGGAAGCUACAUUUUCUGGUUGCCCAAUCACUCACCCUUCCCUUCCCUUCUUGCAAUUGCAACAACAACAUGAGAGAGAGAGAGAGAGAGAGAGAAUUGAAUUAAUUAACAAGUCUAAGCCUAAAUCUCUAGUCUAGUGAGAGAAAGUAGGACCUCAACUUGACAACCAAAACAAAACAAAACAAAAGCUUCUUCCAAUCUCACCAUAACCUUCCUUGUUUUUCACUUCUCUCUCUCUCUAAAAUGGAAAUGGCCUCUCCCUCAUCAAGAGAGAACCCAUCUCCUUCUCCGACCAACUCCCCCCACAGCAAUGGCAGCUCGAGCAGCAGCAGCAACGGCUCCUCCCUCCACCUCCCCACCCCACCCCCCACCCCGACCCUGAAGCCCAGAUCCCACGAAGCCAAUCCCUACCCGACCACCUUCGUCCAGGCCGACACCACCACCUUCAAACAGGUGGUGCAAAUGCUCACCGGAUCUUCCAAACCGGGCUGCGGCGGCGGCAUCCCUCCCAUCAAGAGCACCGGCCAGAAGAAGCAGGGCUUCAAGCUCUACGAGCGCCGCAACAGCAUCAAGAACGGCCUCAUGAUCAACACCUUCGUCCCCGGCCCGGCCCGGAAUUCCAAUUCCCCUCGCAAGCCCGAGAUCCUGUCGCCGAGCAUUCUUGAUUUUCCGUCGCUCGUGCUCAGCCCCGUCACGCCCAUGAACGAGGACCGCGCCGCCGCCGAUCAGGAGGAGAGGGCCAUCGCCGAGAAGAAAUUCUACUUCCACCCCUCGCCGAGGACCGCGCCGGACCCGCCGCAGCUUCUGCCGCUCUUUCCGGUCACGUCGCCAAGAGUCUCCGGCGCCUCCACUUCUUGAUUGAUUUAUAUAUAUGGUUAGAGGUCAUCGUCUUCUUCCAUUUUGUACAAUUUUUUUUUCUUUUCUUUUUCUUCUUCUUUUUAAUCUCCCAUGUUUUGCCAUAAAUGAAUUCAUUAAGAAAAAUGGGGAAAAGGGAAGGAAAUUUUUCUCUGCCA